AUGAUGGAAACCGAGGUGCAUAUCCGUCCUGUCCUCCCAGCCUGGAGACUUCUACACACAUACACGCUCAUGCAGGUGCCCGGAUACCCCCCAAAGACCAAGACAAUGUCGAGUUGGAGCAAACCGCCUGCCGAAGCAAACAUUGGCGCACCGGCGAUGUCCCCGUACCCUAUUAUGAGUCCAGAUGCCGGCGUCCACACUGUGGACGCACACCCCUCGAGGCAAACAUACCUGUGUUCACGACACCGGAUUUCUCCAUGGUCUGAUCUUCUUUCUUUUUCGUGUAGUCCUUCUCUGUGUCUCAGUACCACCCCUCCUGCUCAUGUCCGUCACACUAGCCUCGUCGGUAUGCUUCUUUUUCCCAGAUGCCUUCCCAGGUGGUGA